GGAACAAAAAAGUGCGUUGGCUGCCAUCUAUAAUUUUUUUAUUAAACUAAAUAUAGAUUUUCUUUUAAAUCUCGUUGGUCUGCAUUAAAGUCGGCCAGGCUAAUCUCUUUUCAGAUAAACACUCAACGCUAAUAUGGCUCCUCAAGCUAAAAUUAGCACUAAAAAACCAGUGCCAAAGAAGACUGGCGCUCCAAAAAAGAACCAGCUUCGUGGUAAAGCACAGAAGAAGAAAGUUUCUCUGUCUUUCACCAUUGACUGCACCCACCCAGUCGAAGACAACAUUAUGGAUGUUGCAAGUUUCGAUAAGUACAUGAAGGAGCGCAUCAAGAUCAAUGGCAAAACUGGAAACUUGGGAAAUCUUGUUAAUAUUGAACGUAACAAGAACAAGCUCAUCAUCAACAGUGAUACCGAGUUGUCUAAGAGGUAUCUCAAAUACUUGACCAAGAAAUUCUUGAAGAAGCACAAGCUCCGUGAUUGGCUUCGUGUUGUAUCCAAGGAUAAGAAUACCUACGAACUUAGAUACUUCCAGAUUACUAGCCAGGAAGACGAUGAUGAAGAAGAUGCCGAUUAAGUAUAAUCCUGAGCUUUUUUUGUACAUAUAAUUUAUGUGUUUAUCAAAUAAAGUUCUUCGACUGGGAAAUU